AUGAUCAAGUUCUUUGAUGGUCGCUUGGAAGGAAAGGAGAAGACACUCAAUCUACUAUUAUAUUGUCUACUCACCACUGAUAAAGAACCAAAUGAUUAUAUAUUAUCCAAAGAUAUCAUCAAUCUUCUAAUUGGAUUGAUACCAGUUGAUGCCAUGUCAUAUGGUACACUAUACCAGAUGACCAUAUCAUCACUCAAACAUCACAAGGACUAUGAACUAUACAAGAAUAUAUUUGAUACAUAUCAAUCUUCAACAAUGGAUAUGGAUCAUACAGGUGAUCAACAAUUUCAAUCAAUACUCAAUGAUGUCAAAGUGAUUGAGGCACAUGACUUUUUGUUUGAACAGCAACCAGAGUCAACAGAAUGGUCAAAGGUCCUCAUGGCAUUGAUCAAGAGAUACUCAGAGUACAAUGAUUCAGAGUUGAUGAAUAUAUUGGCAGGACUUGCAAUCAAAUAUAAGAGAUUGGAUAUAUUAUAUUGGAUGGUGGACAUGUACAAGGUGUACCCUGAUGACAGAUACUUUAUGCUCUACGCCAAUGAGGAGAUACUCAAACAUUUUAAGUACAACCCACAGAAAUCAUCAUUGUACGAAGCAAUCCAUACCAUUAGUAUUGCCGCCGAGGCUGGCAACUUGGCAUUUCUCCAACUCUACCAUACUGAGUUCCAGUUCUGCUUCACAUCAUUGUUCCAAUUCGAUGAGUACAAGAGGAGAACAUCAUCAAUUGAGAAGCUUUUGAAUGAUCUUUUGCAAGAUGGAAAGGUGGAAAUGACAGCAUUUAUCUUGGAUCAUAUGGAUUGGAUCCUGGAACAGGAUGCAAAGGUAUAUAUCGAUAAUCUUCCAAUGGAUGGUGAUCAACCUGUUGUGGCCCUUGGACUGCUACAGGUUCAUUCCGAUCGUGUUAUAUGUCGCCUCAAAUAUGUAUACGCAGCGGCUAUCAAAGCCAAUCGAAUGGACUUCAUCGAGCCAUUGGAACAAUUGAUAUUCACCGAUACCCAUGUCGAAGUUGACUUCAAGGCUGCACUUUUGGCUGCUCUCUACCAUGAUGACAAACAUUAUUUGCAAACAUUAUUGGAUAGUCGACGAUCAUUAUAUUGCUUUGAUAUUGACUUGGUAGCAUUGUCCAAGGCUAGCAUCGAGUCCCAACGCAUGCUACUUCCUCUGGCCACCCGAGGAACACUCAUAUACAGCAUACCUCUAUCAAUCUAUCCUGCAACAUUGAUAGGUAGUCAAAUCAUUGACACGAUCAGAUUAAUAGUUGAUUCAGGACAGUUUGAUGAAGUGUUGUCCAAGGUGAAGUUCUCCAACUUCUUCUUCCAGGUGGCGUGUAUCAAUGGUCAACGAGACUUGGUGAUCAAGUUCUACUCCACAUAUUGUAAUUUGGAAGCAUGGAUAGACUGUUCGGCAUAUGCCAAUCAUAGUGAUAUGUUACAUUGUAUAUUGUUGAGCCAACAUAAUACCAAGAGACCAGGUGGCGGCAAAAUUGGAAGUCUCAAGCUCACUGACCUAACAAGAAUAUUGUCAUCAAAGAAGAGUUGUCACAGUCAUUGCAAGACUAUUAUUGACACAAUAUGGCCAUUCGUUGAUAAUGAGAUAUUAAGGUUUCAUCAUCAUUUGAUCAGUUUGUUGGAUGAAGUCGAUGUCAAUAUUCACUUGUAUCUGGCCAUCAUUGAAUCAGUCUAUCAACAACCAACAUACUCUGAUUCCGACAUUCCAUUCAUCAAGUUCCCCGAUAAGAUUAUUGAGCCAACACUUAGCCAAGAAGAUGUUGCCAUGUUCCGAUCAUUGGUCCAUCUAUUCAACAAGGACAACCUGGCCAACAAGUAUCCAAGUCACUACCAACACAUCCUCAUCCCGUACAAUGAGUCACAACGUGCCAUCUUUGCCAAGCUCUCUCUUGAGCAUGGAUGUCACAUUCCAGAGUUAUUCCAAUAA